CAGACAGACAGUAGACAUGAAGCUGUUCAUUCUUCUAGCUCUCCUCGGAGGGGCAGUUGCCCUGAGGGACGAUAACAAGAUUGUCGGAGGGUACGAGUGUCCAAAACACUCUGUGCCCUACCAAGUGUCUCUCUUCACUGGGUACAACUUCUGUGGCGGGACUCUUCUGUCUGAUGAGUGGGUGCUCUCUGCUGCCCACUGCAAGACAAAGUCAGAUGUAGAAAUCCGGCUGGGAGAGCACGACAUCUGGGAAGCUGAGGGGACCGAGCAGCACAUCAUGUCCGCCAAGUUCAUCCGCCACCCUGACUACAACUCCCGCACACAGGACAGCGACAUCAUGCUGAUCAAACUGAGUCGGCCUGCCACUCUGAACAACUACGUGCGCCCCGCUACGCUCCCUACAAAGUGUGCCAGUGACGGGACGAUGUGUCAGAUCUCUGGAUGGGGGAGUCUUCGUCCCAGCAAUGAAGGCUCGAAGUACCCUGCUAAGCUGCAGUGCCUGGACGCCCCUCUCCUGAGUGAUGACACCUGCUUUAAUGCAUAUCCUUUCCAAAUCACUGAAAACAUGAUCUGUGCUGGCUUCCUGGAGGGAGGGAAGGACUCCUGUCAGGGUGACUCUGGGGGUCCCAUGGUGUGUGACGGAAAACUUCAGGGGGUUGUGUCCUGGGGGCAUGGCUGCGCUCUGAGAAAGAAGCCCGGGGUGUACACAAAAGUUUGCAAUUACAUUUCCUGGAUCAAGAACACUAUGGCAUCUGGCUGAGCUGUGAGAUAGAUAUCAAAGGAUUCAUAUGUGAAUUGGCAGUAAAGUCAGCUAUAUGAUG